UAUGAACGACACACGUGGUGUAGAAUGUUUGUGGGGAAAUCCUAUAAAUUAUCCACAAUGUCCUCAUGGACCGACAUUACUAUUUGGAAAAUAUGUCGAAGAAGGACUUAAGAAAUUUUAUGCAUGUUCUGCUUGCCGUGAUAGAAAGUUAUGCAGAUUUUAUUUAAAAUAUGGGCAAGAACUGUCAAAAUCUCAAAAGCAUAUGUGGGAGCUGGAAAAUAAGAAGUUCACUCAGCGUUAUGUUCAUCAAGAAUUAUAUAUUCGCUUUAAUAAAUUUAAGAUAGAAUCUGUGGCAAAAAGGAGUUAUUGUCAUAAUUGUGAGAAAUUAAUAUUUAAUUCUGAAAAAGAUAAGCAUACGGAUCAUGAGAUUACAGAGAAUUUAACUGAUUAUCAGAUGCAUCAUCCAACAGAACUUUUAAGACCUUUAGAAAAUGCAAAGAAGGAAGCGCAAUAUUUAUUUUCUAAGAAAUCUACAGAAGAUAUAAUAAAUAUGCUUUUGAAACUUGGAGCUAAGCAGAUUCUUUGUAUUGGCACACCAAGAAUACAUGAAUACAUAAUCGAGCAUUGUACAAAUAAAAUAUCUUCUCUCCUUUUGGAUUUUGAUGGAAGAUUUCAUAACUUUUUUGGACCACUGGAUUAUUGCUGGUACAAUCUUUUUAAUCAUCAUUUUUUUAACAAGGAUGCCAUUAAUGUUUUCAAAGAUUUUCUUACUCAAAAUGAAGGAAAGGACACUUACUUAAUAUGCGAUCCUCCGUUUGGUGGCCGUUUGGAACCUAUAUCAUUUACGAUAAAAACAAUAUUUGAUCUGCAUAAAAAAUUGAAUAAACAUGUUUGUAAUGACAAUUUUUUCUUGAAAAUCAUGUUUAUAUUUCCAUAUUUUAUGGAACAUAUAAUGAGAGAAAAGAGUAAUCCAUCUCAUGUCACUGGUGGUUUAAGAGAUUUAAAAAUGUCUGAUUAUAAAGUGGAUUAUGAUAAUCAUCUCUUAUUUAUAUCAGAAAAACAUGGUAGAAAGCAAGGUUCUCCAGUGAGAAUUUUCACGAAUAUACCGUUAAAUCUAUUAGAACUUCCUUCAGCUGAUGGAUAUAAAUUUUGUCAAGAUUGCGCAAAGUGGGUUUCUAGUGAAAAUAAGCAUUGCAAGAAGUGUAAAGAAUGUACUUCUAAAGAUGGUCGAACGUAUAAGCACUGCAAUAUAUGUAAACGAUGUGUAAAACCUACUUGGAAACAUUGCCGAAUUUGCAAGAGGUGUAUGUUAGAGAAACACACAUGUGGUUCAAUGCUGAAUAUUAAAGGAAGAUGUUUCAACUGUGAUAAAUUAGGUAAAAGCCAGUGA